AUGGCUGCAGCAAAAGACAAGACAGCUACAGAAAUACAGGAUACAAAGGACAAAGUUGCAACUGCUGUAAAAGAUGCUAAGGUUACAGUUGGUGAAAAAGUAUCUGAAGCUGCGCAAAAGGUGUCAGAUGCUGGCAAAGCUGCUGGAGAGAAAGUAAUCGAUGGUGUGAAACGAGUUGAAGAACAAGUAGAUACUAAAGUUCAUGACGUGGCUGACAGCGUAGUAUUAGCAAAGGAUAAGACCGCUGCUGAGAUCAAGGACGCUAAAGAUAAAAUGAUGACGAUUGCCAAGGACAAAGUGGACAAAGUUAGCGAACAAGUGAUCGACGGGAAGCAAAAAGUGACAGAUACUGGUAAAACAUUAAAGGAAGGCAUCGUGGAAGGUGUUAAAAAGGCUGACGAUAAAGUGGCGGCAGUUGCAGAAGACGUAGCGAGUGGCGCAAAAGCAGCAAAAGAUAAAGUAGUCACGGAUGUUCAGAAAGAUGCUGAAAUUGUAAAGCAGAAAGUAUCUUCAGGGGUAGACACAGUUGCAGAUAGUGUAAUAUCUGCUAAGGACAAAGCUACGAAAGAAGCUAAAAAAGCCAAGGAGAAGAGUGGCGGUUUCUUUUCUGGUUUAUUUAAGGGUGUAAAACAUGCGGCAGAUGAAAUGUCCGAAGACGUCAAAGAAUUCGUGGAUGAAACGAAGAAAGAAGCU